GGGAGGGGGAAAGCCUCAGCUCAUUUCUGUAACGGCUUUGUUUGGCUCCGUGCUUGCUUUUGUUCUGCUUGUCGACCAAUAACCAGGGUGCUUCAAGAAACCUCGUGGUUACUUAACAGCUCCUAUGAAAAAUAAUGUGUUUCUUCACGAUGGACUAAGCUCAUCGUGUUGCAAACGAACUGAAUCACGGCUGUUACAGCGCUUCGCUGUGGGAGAACAUGUUCAGCAGUACCGCCGCCAGACUCUCUUCAGAUUCUGAAUCAGAAGGAGAUGAAGCGGAAGAUGAUAGCGACUGCAUUACUUUGGAGAACAUUCCUAGUUUGCAACUGUCUUCAACCCAAGACGAGGAUGACGAAGAAAGCUUUGGACUGGCGGCUGAGGAGCUAGAACAAUUUGUAAAGCCACGUUGACUGACUGACAUCAUCAGACACUUUGAUGAGAACGGUGCAAGACCCCGCUUGUGGGAAAAGAGCCAGCGGCCACAGGAUCCCGAUUUUAUCAGCAGUGAGCAACUCUGCAGAGUUUUGGAGUUCAUAAAAAACUACACUGAGGAUCAGGCCAUCAUGGUCGACAUCCUGGCCACAGGGAUUGGCAUGUGAAGCUACUGCCAACACAUGUGUCAAAGGCCUCAGUGUGGCAUCUCUAUAUAAAGUCUGCUAAGGAGCUUGGUGAGUGUGCAAUUUGCAAAUCAAGCUUCAGGGCGCUUUGGACCCAGCUACUCCCACACAUAAGAAGCUGUAGGCCCUGAACCGAUCUCUGCUGGCAGUGCCAACAGAAUAAUGACCAGCUUAUAAGAAGUGCAAACCUUCCAGAGGAGAGGAAGACUGCAGCAAUCAAGAAGCAACAGGAUGAUCUUCAGCUUGUUCAAAAAGAGAGGGCCGUCUACAACGAGCUGCCUGCUGCCUGCAAAAAGACCUGCAACAACUAUCAAUGGUCCAUCGGCCCCUCCCCACCUUCAAGUAACAAGAUCAGGAUGCACUACAGCUUUGACUUUGCACAGCAGAUGCACUUCCCCUCGAACCCACUGCAGCCUGGCCCAAUGUACUUCCUGACACCACGGAAAUGUGGACUUUUUGGUGUCUCUUGUGAAGGCCUGCAGAAACAGGUGAAUUUCCUGAUUGAUAAAGGCAUGUCAUCAGGGAAGGGGAGCAAUGAAGUCAUCAGCUACAUGAACCACUUCUUCACUCAUUUUGGAGUUGGAGAAACCGAUGUGGAUCUUCAUUAUGACAACUGCACUGGGCAAAACAAAAACAAUUUUAUGCUGUGGUAUGGCGCAUGGCGGGUCGCACACAAGCUUCACUUCACACUAAACACCCACUUCCCGAUUGCUGGCCACACCAAAUUUGGCUCGGACUGCGGCUUUGGGCUUAUCAAACAAGCAUACAAGAGGAUCAGGGUCAGCACAUUGGCAGACAUCGCCAAAGUAGUGAAAACAGCUCUCCUGAAAGUCACCUCAACAUCCCACAGCUGGUCGGACUGGAAGAUGUUAGUCAACACGUUUGACUGGCAGGCACACCUGAGUCCCUACUUCCGAAAGCUCCCACAGAUCAAGAGUUAUCAGUACUUCAGCUUUCAUACCAACAGACCUGGUGUGGUCAUAGCUAGGACUCACAGCGACGCAGAGCCUGUUAGCUUUCAGCGCUGUGUGACCCGGAAGUUCUACCCCCUGUCGUCUGUGUUCCUGCCUUGCCUGCACCUGGACUGGCCACGGACAGACAGACUUAUCUUUAUUCAAAGAUUAGGCCUUUCUGUUCCGAUGAAGCGAAGGACAUUACAUGACCAGCACCACAAACACAGAGUAGCACACAGAGGAGGAUGAUGCGGUGACACUGUGACAUUGGCGUUUUGGCAAUGUGUAAUGUGUAUAGAGUUGUAAAUAAAAAUCACAUUUGUGACAUA